UGUCUGUAGUCAGGGGACAGAGCCAGCGGCGCGCCAACUCUACAGCCCCGUCACACAGCACAAAGAACCUCCUUUAUUUCAAUCCACGCACUACAUUUACCGGAGCCUCCUCACACACACGCACACAGCAACUCUUUUUCUCUCUCUCUCUCUCUGGUCCCCGGUCAGAACGGACGGUUCGGUAAGGAUCAUGUCUUCUAAUGGCUGUUGUACCGGCGGCGGUGACGUGCUGCAGAUCCAACUCGGGCUGAUUAACGCGGGGAAUAAAUAUCUAACGGCUGAAACGUUCGGUUUUAAAAUCAACGCCUCCGCACCGAGUCUGAAGAAGAAACAGAUGUGGACGUUGGAGCAGAACACCGGUGACACGGCGGGAGACUCGAGCAGCAGCGUGGUGUUCCUCCGGUCGCACCUCGGGCGGUAUCUGGGUACGGAUAAAGACGGGAACGUUACCGGGGAGAGCGAGUGUCGAGGUAAAGACUGCAGGUUCGUGUUAACGGCGCAUGAUGACGGCCGAUGGUCGCUGCUCUCUGAGCCCUUCGGGAGGUACCUGGGAGGCAGCGAAGACCGGAUCAGCUGCUUCGCUCAGACAGCGUCAGCCGCAGAGAAGUGGUGUGUCCACCUGGCCAUGCAUCCCCAGGUGAACCUGUUCAGCCUGGCCAGGAAGCGUUAUGCCCACCUGACCUCUAACCCCGACCACUCUGAGGUCUCUAUAGACCGUGACUUCCCGUGGGGUGUGGACUCUCUGGUCACCCUGGUGUUCCUGGAUCAACGCUAUCACCUGCAGACGUCUGAUAACCGCUUCCUGAAGAACGACGGCAGCCUGGAGGCCACGCCGGACAAGACGACCGGAUACACGCUGGAGUUCCGCUCCGGCAAGGUGGCGUUCAGGGAUUGUUCCGGGCGCUACCUGGCGCCGUCGGGCCCGAGCGGGACCAUGAAGAGCGGGAAGACUAGCCGCGUGGGGAAGGAUGAGAUGUUCGCUCUGGAGCAGAGUCACCCUCAGGUGGUUCUCACCGCCGGCAACGAGAGGAACGUCUCCACCAGGCAAGGCAUGGACCUUUCGGCCAAUCAGGAUGAGGAGGGUGACCAGGAAGUGUUCCAGGUGGAGAUGAGUCGUGAGACAGGAAACAGGAAGUGUGCGUUCCGCACUGCUGCAGGGAAGUACUGGACUCUCACCUCCACCGGAGGACUGCAGUGUACCGCCUCUACUAAGUCAUCUAACAGUCAUUUUGAUCUGGAGUGGUGUGAGGGGAAGGUUUCUCUCAAAGCCUCUAAUGGGAAAUACGUUGCCGCCAAGAGGAACGGACAGCUAGCUGCUACCGUCGACAACGCAGGGGAGGCGGAGCAGUUCCUGAUGAAGCUGAUCAAUCGGCCAAUCAUAGUCCUCCGUGGAGAACACGGUUUCAUUGGCUGUCGUAAGGUUGGCACGGGAACGCUGGAUUCUAACCGCUCCUCCUACGACGUCUUCCAGCUGGAGUUUAAAGACGGAGCCUACAGCCUCCGAGAUUCACAGGGGAAGUUCUGGUGCGUGGGGGAGGAGUCCGCAGUGGUGUGCAGCGGGGACACGCCCACCUACUUCCUGUUUGAGCUGUGUGACUACAACAAGAUGGCGGUGCGAGCGCCGGGGGGGCGGUACCUUAAAGGAGACCACGCUGGGGUUCUGAAGGCCAACGCUGAGGGGUUGGACAAUGCAACACUGUGGGAGUACUGACCACCCUAUAAAGUUAACAUACAUCAUUCUGGGUAACAUCAAUUACCCCACUGUAGAAAUCCUUUAAAUAAGUAUCCUCCGUCUGUUAUGACUUUAUAUGGGCAAAUAGAAUGUAUAGAAUAAAAAGGAAAGUUUCAGACCUUCCUGAGUCUGGGGGUGGUUUUAACCUUCCUGAGUCUGGGGGUGGUUUUAACCUUCCUGAGCCUGAGGGUGGUUUUAACCUUCCUGAGUCUGGGGGUGGUUUUAACCU